UGCUUGUCAGCCAUCGACGACCAGUUGGUCUCCCUAGGUGCCAUUUUCAUCUAAAUAAAUCCACAUGCGUUUCACAUUCAAAACAAAUCCUUCUACGUUCCGAAUAUCAUAAAAAUGUCCCGUCGCCCUGAGCAUGUCGCUCCACCGGAGAUUUUUUACAACGAAAGUGAAGCGCAAAAGUACACAAACAAUACGCGAAUUAUCGACAUCCAGGUACAGAUGUGUGAGCGUGCCAUCGAGCUGCUGGCCAUAGAUCCGAACGAUGACGCGCCCCAACUAAUUCUCGACAUCGGAUGCGGCUCCGGGCUGUCCGGCAGCGUGCUCGAAGAGCAAGGGCACGUAUGGAUCGGGGUGGACAUAUCGCAAUCCAUGCUGGACGUAGCAGUCGAGCGGGAAGUCGAGGGCGAUCUGUUGCUCGGUGAUAUGGGACAGGGAAUGCCGUUCAAGGCCGGCACAUUCGAUGGUGCCGUGUCAAUCUCUGCCCUACAGUGGCUCUGCAAUGCGGACAAGAAAUCACACAAUCCACCGAAGCGCCUGCAUCAGUUCUUCAGUACACUGUAUUCUAGCUUGACACGCAAUGCUAGGGCCGUGUUUCAGUUUUAUCCCGAAACGGCCGAUCAAAUCGAGCUGGUAACCUCGCAGGCCAUGAAAGCCGGUUUCUACGGUGGCAUUGUGGUGGACUAUCCCAACUCUGCCAAGGCGAAGAAAUACUUUCUCGUGCUGAUGACGGGCGGGGUGGCAAAGCUUCCGGCCGCCCUCGGCACGGACGAAAGUGCAGCACAGAUUGCGUACAACCGGAAGCAGGCAGAGUACGCGAAGAAAGCACGUGGCAAACCGCUGAAGAAGUCUCGCGAAUGGGUGCUGGCAAAGAAGGAACGUCGAAGGCAGCAGGGUGAAGAUACGCGUAAAGAUUCUCGCUUCACGGCAAGGAAGCGAAGCGGUCGCUUUUGAACUGAAUAAACCAAUCGCCUUCACAGUGCAGUAAAACACACAAA